UGUCCGCGGUCACUGAGCACCUGGUACCGGUGGGAGAGCUGCUGUUAGUGGGGCUGACAGCGGGCCGUCCUGUCCGGCCAGACACCGCGCCGUGAGCCGCUACCUGCUGGAGCAACUAGCUGCGGAGCUAGCAGCGGCGGCUAACUGCGCGCGCAGCUCACCAUGCUAAAGUUAAGGUUUAGUUAGUCUGUUAACAGCAGCUAACUAACUGGUUAACAGCAGCUAACUAACUGGUUAACAGCAGCUAACUAACCCAGGGAGCUAACGAACUAGCUAAAGGUCUGGUUAUAACUUGUUCAGCAUGCAGCCGGCUCGGCGGGAACGAGAAGAAGGGGGCGUGGCAGACAUGAGUGACGUGGCGGAGGAAGCGGUGGACAGCUCUAAGGACCAGCAGGAGGAGGAGGAGGAGGAGGAGGAGGAGGAAAGUCCAGACCCAAGCAGCUCCAACAUGUUUGCUGUGGUUGAGAUCAUGGAGGGGAAGCGGACGAAGAAGACGGUGGAGCGGCUGGACUUCCAGGCUCCGAAACAGAUGGAGAAGCUGAAGAUCGGAGACGGUGGAGGAGAUAAACUGGGAGACAUUCCUCGUACCAACUACCAGAUCACCAGGAUGAAGCCGGAGGACCUGAAACCUCUGCACAGCAUCCUGUUCGACAGGCCAGGGAAGAUGGUUUCCAUCAAGAAGAACCUUCGGCUCUUCAACGGCUUUUCUUUUGACUCCAACAGCGCUGAGUUCAGCAAGAAACGAGACAAACUCCUCAA